UCCAGGUAGCUAUGUGUGUUUCUGAACGGUGUUCUUCCAGAGAUUUAACAGCUGCUUUUCGCUCCAUUGGCGCCAGGGAUGCCGUACAGAUAGUGUGCAAGGGAGACAGACGUCUUGACUUCAGAACCGACGCUGGCGCCAUCUGUGCAAGCAUUCUUGGGUGUGUGUUCGUUUUGGUGGUCAUUUUGGGGACUGUCUAUGACGUUCUGGACUCUCGUUAUUUCUCAACGAGCACAAAGACUUCUACUGUCCCACCCGGCAUGGACGCCCCUCAGCCGCCUGGUGUACUCUGUUUUCCUCAUCCAUCUGCCAGUCAUGGUGUGGUUCGGGAUGAGCCAGAGGACCAUGCUGUAUAUGACCGAUUCAAUGAUGGCAUACAUAUUCAUCGGCCACGUCGUGGUUAGUUUUGGCGCCGCUUUUCUAGUGUCCUUGACGAUAGAGGUCCCCCUGGUCGCGGUGGAGACAGUGCUGCUUGGUAAGAAGCAAUGGAGAAGAAAAUAAUGACCAAGGAUUUUCUCUUCUCAUAACUAUUUUCCAUGGGUUUAUUGACACAUGGAAAACAUGCAAGGCGGUCAGAUAUGGUGAUGACAAACAUUAUGGAAAAAUAUAGGUCACCAGGUGACACUAGGUGCUGGUUUCGUCUCCAGAAAUGCUAGCAUCAGUAUUUUACAAGCAAUGAAUCUGGCCAAGUUUCAUGCUUUUAUCGCAAAAUUUAACAAUUGGUAAUGUUUUUGGACGAUAAAGCUUAGUAGAUAGGGCACAAAUAUAGCUACCAAAACCCAGCUGAGUGGGGACGACAACUCUAUGAAAAGAUUCUCGCUGGAAAGCGCACAUAAU